GACCCGAGCAGCUUCAGAUGGGUCAAUGAGAGCAGGGAUUUAAGAUUAAAUCCUGCAAUGUUAUGAUUUUGCUAAUAAUUUCAUGGCUUUCGGCGCUAGCAGUGUUAGCUGCUGCUGUUUAGAUUUAUCAUCUUUCGGUCGGUUGCGCCGUUUAAAAGCUGCUGUUGCAUUUUUCUACUGCAGAUAAACGUGUUUUGUGUAAAUCGUGAUUGUUAAAUAUACAUUUUUCCCACGUAGACGUUCAUGUAACGUUAGAUUUAAUGUACCGUGAAGGGGAAGUUUGGGGUAUUAAUCGCAUGUUCAGCAUCAGUCAUGUGAAGAAGUUAAGGGUGAAGGGGUAAUCCCAUGCUGUUUUUUUUUUUUUAGUAAAACCACACAUUCCUGUUUUGAUGGUUUUUCUUCAGCUUGCAUAUUGAUCAGUUUUUAAUAUGUCUGUUAACAUAUGCUUUAUUAUGUUAAUAGCACAUUUACACUAUCAAAGUGCACAUUUGAAUAUGUGCUGUGUUUUGUGGUGCUGUAAUAAUAUGCAUUAUAUUUAAUGCCAUUUAUUUUGCACAUAUUCUAGUCCCAGACCUUGACACUGCAGUUUGCCUGUAAAUGAUAAAUGUUGAACCAGUAGUUUCCAUUAUUAUCCAGUUUGAUGAUAUUGCAACCUGUCACACUGAAAAGUGUCCAAAUCCCUUCUUAGACCAGACUGAUUAGACUAGCACACCAGCUAAAAGCAGCUUUUUAAAAAUUAUUUAUUUAACUGAAGUCAAUGACUCUUUGUUUUGUAAUAUGACAGCAGAAAGUGGUACUCAAAUAGACACAUGGAGUAAUUUGAAACUGCUGCUAUUAGACAAGCUUGAAUCAGAAAACAGUGCCUUAAAAUUUUAAUGCAGGAAGUGUGAGACGAUGACUGGACAAAUGGCGGUGCUGCUGCAGUGCUCUGAUAAUGCCAUUUUCCUGUUCAAGGUGUCUAAGAGAGGAGAUGAUGAGAGUUCACACACAUACCAGAUUGUGCUUUCUCUGUGUGCUGACCCUACUGUACCAUCAGUGCAGCCACUGCCAUGAAGGAGGGUCCCACCAUCACCACGGGCACAACCACGGAGACCACGACCACAUCCACAGUGACCUGCAGAUUUCAGAAAUGUCCUGCAAUGGUUUAUCAGAUCGGCUGGUGCACGGCAGUCAGGGUGAACCUGCGGAGAACGAGCAGCGUUACUACAUCCACCAGCUGUUCUGUCGAUACGGCCAGAAGGAUCGGCUGGAUUUCAAAGGCUUCCAGAGUUUGCUGCUGAGUUUAGGGCUGGGUGAAGUGCGGGUGGUUGGGUUGGAGCAUGAGGAUCUGGGCCACGAUCAUGUGGCACACUUAGAUAUUCUGGAGGUUCAGGACGGUCGGCACUCGCACUCAGCUGGCCAUCCGCACUCUCAUCAGAAUCCCAACAUCUCACACAAGACCCACCAACACUCUCACCAUGAGAAUGAGGAACACACUCUUGCUGAGGAUGUGCCAUGCAGCAAGACACUUGGCACCGGAGCCACCCCACCCAGUGUAUCUGAGGAACACGAUCAUGAUCAUGAACAUGACCAUGAUCACGACAAAGACAGUGAUCAUGAACACAACCAUAGACAUGUCACAGACAGUCCACAGACUCAAGAUCACGAGCAUGACCACAUACAUUUGCACACACACAGUCACAAGCAAGACAGUGAUGUGACACAGCGACUGGAACUCGAUCAUGAUCAAAAGAGUAGAGAACAUGCACAAGAACAUAAUGAUCUAAGUGACCAAAACCACCAUCAUCAUGACCACCAUCACCACAAGCACCCCCACCCUCAUCUCCAUGCUCCAGAGAGCGUGGUGCACACCACCUCAGCAAUGCCGAAAAUUCAGCCUUCUGUACCGCCUGAGCUGCCUGCCAACCAAACAAGAAGACACAGGAGGCCAUCUAAGGUCAAAGCCCAUCGAGGCCGCAAUAGGACCAGCGUCACUGUUACACAAGCUGUUGAGCUGGAGACCAGCGGGGAUGACCAUGAGCACAGUCUCCAGGAUCACAGCCCUGCUCAGCAGCAGAGAGGCAGGAGAGAAGUGCCAGGAUCACCUGCACAUGGUGUUCUUCACCAACAUGAAGAGUGUCUAAAUUUAACACAGCUGCUUCACCAGUACGGCCUGAGCUCAGAUUCUCUCAUCUCUCCAGUGCAGUUCACCUAUUUGUGUCCAGCUCUGCUCUAUCAGAUAGACAGACGCUUCUGCAUCCUUCAUUACCACCACGUUGAAGCAGAGGAACAAGUUGCACCAUCUUCAGGAUGGGUUUGGAUGUGGGGCUUUGUGUCCAUCACCAUCAUCAGUCUGCUGUCUCUGCUGGGUGUUGUUCUGGUGCCCAUUCUCAAUCAGUCCUGCUUUAAGUUCCUCUUGACAUUCCUGGUGGCUCUGGCUGUGGGAACUCUCAGUGGUGAUGCCUUACUGCAUCUCCUUCCUCACUCUCAAGGGGACCAUGAUCAUAACCACGGGGAACAAAUGGAGGAAGAGCCGGAGGUGGAUUUUCUUAUAAAGUUUGAUGGGGUUUGGAAAGGACUGACUGCACUAGCAGGAAUCUACCUCCUCUUCAUUAUUGAACAUUGCAUUGGCAUGUUCAAACACUACAGCGACCAAAGGGGAGGCCUCUGCCAUAAGAAGAAGAAAGGAGAGCAGGCAAAGAUCGGAAGGAAACUGUCAGACCACAAACUCAACAGGCGUUCAGAUGCUGAGUGGCUCCACCUGAAGCCUUUAACAGAGGGAGAUGGUACGACAUGUGAAGCAGGACACAAUGACACUCAGAUGACAGAAUUGCAGCCUCUGGAUUCACCCAGCAAGAUGCCACUGAAUAUCUCUGAUUCAGAUCACCCUUACGAAGCGCCAGUAAAAACAGAAGAGGACAAUGUGCCAAAAGCCAAGUCAAAAAAGCAUGGGCAUGGGCACGGACAUGGACAUGGGCAUGGGCAUGGUCAUUCCCACCACGGGCAUUGCCACUCAGACCAAGAAAUGAAAGAUGCAGGAAUCGCCAGUAUAGCAUGGAUGGUCAUCAUGGGAGAUGGCAUGCAUAACUUCAGUGAUGGACUCGCUAUAGGUGCUGCUUUCAGUGCUAAUAUUACGGGUGGAAUUAGUACUUCAGUAGCGGUGUUCUGUCAUGAACUGCCUCAUGAACUAGGUGACUUUGCUGUUUUACUGAAGGCUGGGAUGUCUGUGAAACAAGCCAUUGUGUACAAUCUCCUCUCUGCCCUGAUGGCUUAUGCUGGCAUGGUGAUCGGCACAGCUGUGGGACAGUACACACACAACGUCACCAGCUGGAUCUUUGCUGUUACUGCUGGCAUGUUUCUCUAUGUGGCAUUAGUGGAUAUGUUGCCAGAAAUGCUUCACGGUGACAGUGAGGAGCACAAGCGCUGUGAAAUGGGCCACUUUGUCCUGCAAAACUUUGGCAUGCUCACCGGGUUCGGCAUCAUGCUGCUCAUCGCCAUCUUCGAGGAUCACAUUGUGCUCGAUUUUGGCUUCUAGCUGGAGGCCGAGGUCUUUGGGGGACCAUCAUUCAUCGGCUACAUUCACACACGUGCUUUGCCUUAAAGUGGCUUUGUUUUGUGACGGUACAGUCUCGCAGGCAUGUCUUAAAAGACAGCAUCAGUAGCUUACAGCGGACAUGCAAACAAACAUGUUUACAUUUUAUCAUCUCUCGUCUCUUCCUCUCUAGGCCACUCAAAACGGUUGCUUGAGCGCUCUCGCAUUUCCUGUUUUGUUAUUUUGAGAAUACGUGUCCAACAAGGCAAUCCACAGCACACAAGAAGCACUCCCCAGUUUUUUGGGUUAUCCCUUUAAUAUAUUAUAGUUGUUUUUUUGUUUUAUUUUUUAGGACGGUGUCCUAGAGAGAAGCAGCUAUUCAUCAGUCACUCAUCAUGUUGUGUUUGCUGUUUCAGAUUGUAACUCAUAGUUUGUUCAUUCGUAACUGGUGUUGUGCUGUGUAUGUCUAGUGUGUCACACCAUCAACUUGUCGGGCGCAAAAAUGGUGCAACAAAGUCCAACUGGCAACAACUUUGCUGACUUUUUGUUGUUUGUAAAUUAUUGAGAAGUACUGGUCAGUACUGGUUGUGUGCCACCAUUCUGAGAAACAACACAUACUUUUGAUGCUGUAUAAAGGGAUGGUUCACUCAAAAAUACUAAUUUACUCUCCCUUUAUUUGUUCUAAAGUUUUAUGAGUUUCUGUUGAACACUAAAGACGAUAUUCUGAAGAAAUCUGAAAACCUGAAACCAUUGACUUUCAUGUUAGGAAUACAAAUAUUACGCAAGUCAAUGGUUACAGCUUUCUUCAGAGUAUCUUCUUUUGUGUUCAACAGAAAAAGAAAGGUUUGCUUAAAUUUUUAGCCUUGGAUGAGCUGUCCCUUUAAUGAGCUCUUUUUUUACUGGUUUACACUUUGUUGGUAGUAUUGACUUGCUUGCUUCGAACACUAUAUUUACUGUUCAUAGUGAUGGGAGAGUCCUCAGUCUUAGAAUUUUGUUUGUUUUUAUUUUCUGUUAUUAUUGGCUAAGAUUGUAGCGUUUUGGCCAGCUUUGCAUAUUUGAAGGUAUGCGACUGUGUUUUGACUAACUUCUGACACAGUGCUGCCAAAAAGCCGAUCACAUACAGGAGGUCAGGAGAACAGAGACUGAACAAGUCCAGUAUUAAAGCUAAUGCGAAAGCACUGUGAUUUAUUCUUUUUUUUCUUAAAUGAAAAACAACUAACAUAUCUGUAUAUCAAAGAAUACAUCAGUUUUUCUUUGGGAAGUCUAUUUGUUCAUUGAUAAAAUAGAAAUGAUCAUGAUUUAGACUACUUUCCGAAUCUAAAAAGUUGAUUCAUAUCCAAGUUGUGUUGUGAUAAAUAGUGAUCUCGUUACUGUUCCAUCAUGAGAUAAUUAUGUUCCCCAAAGGAAAUUUGCUACUGAAAACGUUUAUUUUUUUUUUAAACAUGCUAGUAUUUUGAAACGCCUUUGUUACUUAUUAUUUUUAUUUUAAUUAUAAAACAUGUUUGAUAUUGCUGGAGUUUUCUUUGCUAAAUUCUAAAUACAUUAUUUUGUGAGACAUCAGCACCUUUUAUAAACUGACCAUCUAAAAACUUAUUUUCCAUACAAAGUUUGGGAGAACCAAUACAUUUUUAUAACUUAAAACUGUUCGCCAUUAUGAAAUGUUCUUUUUGACAAUCUUAAAUAUUCAUUUUUGACACCCUUGCAUUAUUGAAAUGAUUUCAGGCUGUAAUUAUUGGCCUUCCGUGCACCUGUAUGAAAGUAUGAAUGCAAUCAAAUGUCUAGAAGAUCUGUUAAAUUGUCCCCCUGUUGAUGCGAGCGUGCAUCAUUUUGGUUGUGCCAAAUAUGGGCUGUUUCUGAACUGAACUGCCAUUGCCUGCAGUCGCCUCUAUACAUUCCACUUGCUGUGUUCGCUGCUUGAAUCCUCUGCCGUCAUGAGUUGGUGGAGCAUGUUAUGUGAUUCAUGCUUAUCCUGUCACCAUGUGACAUCCAUUUAUUUUUUUUCUUGUGGGCGUGUGUCUUAUUAAUUACAUUCAUCAAAUGUAUUUGAUUGGAUGGAAACGUGCAUGAGACAAGUGGAAGAACAAAAUGUCUCAUUUCUGUUAUGAAAUGAAGAGUUGACAACACGUACUGUUGAUUUUCCUCUUACCCUGAAGUACUUAAUUUUUACAGCUUGAAUGUAAAACCAAUGAUUUUGAAGGUCAUGUGAGCAAACGUAAUCACAGUCUAAUUAGGUUUUCUCCUUAAUAUGUGUUUGUGAAACGAAGUUGUUAAACUGUAUUUGAGGAACAAGAGCUCCAAAGCUCAAAAUGAAAUACCUUGGUUACAUGGUGCAAAAAUGACCUCAAUAAAAAAGUGACGCCAGUUUUCAUCAGGCUUUACAGUGUAUUUCAAGAAAAGGACCAUCCAGUUAUUUACUUGCAUUGUAUUGUCAAUUUUGGCAGAUUUUUUCCCAACCCAUUUGGAUGUUGAAGCAUUUUCAGUACAUUUGUCAUUCUUGCUGAUUGUCUGUGCAUUUCUUUGUCAGAAGUGGAAAAUAAAGUUUGCAAAGCC